AAUGCAACUUAUACUAUUAUUUUUAAUACUUUAUAAUGUUCUACUGAGCACAUGCAAUUUUUCUCAACAUGAAAGAAAGUUCCUAUAUUUCGCAUACGGCAGUAACCUCUUGGAUAGAAGGAUGCGGAUAAAUUCCCCGUCUGCUGUCUUUAUAACACCAGCAAAAUUACCACAUUACAGAUUAGAUUUCGAUAAAUAUUUGGCUAAUUGGCGUGGAGCAGUUGCCACAAUCGCUGAACAUUAUCGAAGUGACGUGUGGGGAGCUAUUUGGGCAAUUGAUAUCAGCGAGAUCGCAGCUCUAGAUGGCCAAGAAGGUGUGCAUCGAGGACUAUAUUAUCCAAAGUAUGUGAAAAUUCUUACACCCGAGGGACAUGAAGUAACCGCUCGCACAUACCAGCUAAUAAACAACCCUCCCGUGGUUUCUCCAGAAAACUUAGCUCCUGAAAGACGACCUAGCAACACAUACUUACAGGUUAUAGCAUUAGGUGCGUACCAAUGCGGUCUUCCUGCUCACUACAUAGGAUACAUUUAUACAUUUCCCACAAAUGGACAAAUUGCAGUUGUAAGUUUACGAAAACAGCUUGGAUAUCCGUUUAAUACAACACAUGUACAAAAUAUGUAAUAAAGUACAUUACAAAUCUAGA